AUGGCUCCUUCAAAAAAGGAAGUUGCGAAAAAAGAGGUUGCAGUUGUCGGCUCCAACGCCGUGGCUGCAAUUGAUGCUGCCCAGACCCUCAAGGCCUCCAAAGCCCUCCUCUCACACAUCAAGUCCGCCGCAAAGGAACAAUCCGAGUCCUCCUCCAAGCGCAACCUCCUCCAAGAAGCCAACGACGGCGAAACCGACCAGAUCGUCUGGCUCACCCUCACCACCAAGCGCCACAUGUCCGAAAAGGCCCGCCUGCAGCCCGGAAAGAUUCUCCUCCCGCACAGCCUCAACGCCGCCGCCGAGACCACCGUCUGCCUCAUCACGGCCGACCCGCAGCGCGCCUACAAGAACAUUGUCGCCGCGGACGAGUUCCCCGCCGACCUGCGCAAGAAGAUUACGCGCGUCAUUGAUGUUACCAAGCUAAAGGCCAAGUAUGGCCAGUACGAGGCCCAGCGCAAGCUGUUUGCCGAGCACGACGUCUUUCUCGGCGACGACCGUAUUAUUAACCGCCUGCCCAAGAUCCUCGGCAAGACUUUUUACAAGACGACUCUCAAGCGCCCUGUGCCCGUCGUGCUUAAGCCAAAGGCUCGCAAGGUCGAUGGAAAGCGCACCAAGCCCCAGAAGAAGGAGGGCGAGGUUAACGCCGCCACGCCCGCAGAGAUUGCAAAGGAGAUUGAAAAGGCCCUCGGCUCUGCGCUCGUCAGCCUGUCGCCCAGCACAAACACCGCCGUGCGCGUGGGCUUCUCCGACUGGACGGCCGAGCAGAUUGCCGCCAACGUCGAGGCCGUGGCGACUGCCAUGGUCGAGAAGUGGGUUCCCCAGCAGUGGCGCAACGUCAAGAGCAUCUACAUCAAGGGCGCCGAGACGGCUGCCCUGCCCAUCUGGAUGACGGACGAGCUGUGGCUGGACGAGAAGGACGUCAUUGCCGACUCGGAGGGCAAGGCUGAGAAGGCCAACAUUGGCAAGAAGCGCAAGAAUGCUGAGGAGCAGGCUGAAGCUGCACCUGUGGCUAAGAAGGCCAAGAAGGCGGCCAAGGAGGAGAAGCCCAAGCCUGAGGGCAACGACGAUAAGUUGGACCAGCAGAUUUCGGAUCGUAAGACGAGACUGAGAAGCGCAAAGGCCAAGGCGGCGAAGGCGGCGGAGUAA